AAGACCUUCACCUGCCCGUGUGACUGUGUCCGCCUCCGGGCCCAGACCAGCAGUGCAGCAGGUUUGUCUUUGUUUAAAUAUAAUAUGUGAGUUAUCAUUUUGAGAGGUAGCAGGGAAAUGGUUCUCCUGUUUUCUUAUGUAGUAAAACCUUGUUAUUGAUUUUUGUGUCAGGUGGAGGCGACAGCCCAGGAGUCUGCCAGCGCGAUGCCGGGGGUGGUCGUCAGUCGGGAGGAGGUCGCCGCAGUGGGCCCUGCUGUCCCAGAGGAGCGACAGAAGAUCAGCAAAGCUAAGGCUGUUUUUGUUCCUUCUGUUUGUGUUCGUGAUGUUCAGUUUGAGUCUAACGCUAAUGCUGUGGCAGCAGAGGCUAGCAGAGAUAGUAGCAGGAUUAGGCUAGCAAAAGUUGUGCGUGGAUCGUUUCAUCAGGGUGAUGCGCGUUUUGUGUAUGGAGGAGUCCAGUGUAUGGCUAUAGCUUUGGUCAGCUUAGCCAAACACACGGUGAGCAGCGCGUUCUCGUGGGACAGGCUGGAUCUGGAUCGCGCGUUGGUUGAAGGUGAUGAGUUGUACACCAGUUUGCGUGACCUUAACAUCUUUAGCCAUGUGUCUAAUCUGCUGUCUGUGCCAGAUUUGCCACAGCAGUUGGAAUUAGACGGACAGGUAUUUAGGUUCAGUUUUGGUGACACAGUGUUAGGCGAAAUAGGCGUAGCUGAAGGUGAACACAUCAACUUCGGUGUGUUCAUCAGCUUGCGUAAUGGACUGGAGAGGAUCUUCAGUCAGCACACCACAUGUCUUUUGACAAUGUGUGGAAACACCACUGCCAUCGUGCGUGAGGAUGGACGGUUCGCUGUGGUCGACAGUCACUCACGCAGUAGCACUGGCUUGUUACACCAUAAUGGUACAAGCGUGGUUCUGCAUUUUGCGUGUCUUGAUGACCUGCACCACUACAUCUGUCGUUUGGCUGACAUUCUCCGUUCAAGGGAGAAGCUCUUUGAGCUGUGUGGUGUUACGGUCAGCGGGGGUGCAAGUCCAGCGCGGUCUGGUGUGUCUGUGGAGGGUCUCAUCACUGAGAUGAGUGCUGCUCCAGCACCAGAGUCUAGUGUGCUCACUGAGGCUGGAAGAAAAAGUGUGGUUUCUGCAGGCAGUUGUGAGUCUGAGUGUGGUGUCAGCAUUGCUGCAAGUCCGGCACUGUCUGGCAUUUCUGUGUUGUCUUUCUCCAGCGAGGUGAGCAGCGGUUCAGCGGCAGAACCAACGGUGGCUGAUGGCAGAAAGCGUGUCAUUUCUUCCGGCACUUGUAUGUCGAAGAAAUUCAAGAGCUUUGAUGCUACUGAGGUCAAUCUGGAUGUGGAGUUUGUUAGCGAGGUGAGAAAGGAGGAGUUGGUUUUCCGUCCCCUUAGCGUAGAUGUCUGUCGAGUGUUGUGUAGUAAGUUAAAUGUUGACUGUGUGAAAGUUGGUAAUCCUGUGUCCACAGAGGUGGGGUUGUUGGGUGUUCCUUGCAGCAAAGAUAGGAUAGUGGCUGAUGGUAACUGCUUCUUCAGAGCCAUCUCUCAGGCUGUGAGUGGUUCUCAGAAGCACCAUCGCAGGAUUAGGUUAGCUGUGUGUAAAGAGUUGCAGAGGAACACAGAUAGAUAUCAGAGUCUCUUGAGGAGUGAGUACUCCUCUGUGUUAGAGUACAUUCAGCAGUCCAGGAUGACACGUGUCGGCAGUUGGGCCACAGAGGUGGAAAUCCAGGCGACAGCUGAUUGGUUAGGCGUUAGUGUGUUUACGUUCCAUGACGGACGUUGGUUGAGGUAUAGCUGUAGUAGUCAGCCUUUCUCGGUAGAGUGUCUAUACUUAGAGAAUGUCAGGGGACAGCAUUUUGAGAAUGUGGUUUGUGUGCGUAAGCCUGGACUGCAAAGUUGCUACGGGUACUGUAAGGUUAGGGAAGUGUCAGGUUACAGCAUUAGGUCUAGAAUGAUGGAUGUUGUCAAUAGUGACAACACAGCAGUUGGGUGUAGUAGUGUAGUAGGUUGUCUUGUAGGUGUAGAGGAUUGUGCCGAGGUACUGUCAGGUAGAAUGUCUGUGAAGUCUAAGUACUUAAGGCGGAAGCAGAGGAUGCAGGAAAAGUUUAAUUUGUCACUUAGGGAGAAACAUCAGUUAAGGAUUAGGAAGACAUAUCAAGAAAAUGUGGUGUUCAGGGAAAAGGCAAAGUUGUGGAGUGUAGGGAAUUAUAGUAAGAAUUUACCCCACAGAGAGAGGGUUAAAAAGCUGAGUGUUACUAAAUACAGAGAAAGCAUUGAACACAGGAAGACAGUUAAGGCUAAGAGUUUUGACAAAUAUAGGGACAGUGUCGAGUAUAGGGAGAGAGUAAAGGCCAAGAGUUUGGGUAACUAUAGGGACAGCAUUGAGCACAGGGAGAGAGUAAAGGCCAGGAGUUUGGGCAAAUAUAGGGAUAGCAUUGAGCACAGGGAGAGAGUAAAGGCCAAGAAGUUUGGGCAAAUAUAGGGACAGCGUUGAGCACAGGGAGAAAGUUAUAGAAAGGAGUAAGAGUAG